AUGGCAAACAUCGCAGCGGAUGGAAACUUACCUUCUGCUGAAUGUGCUGCGUGUGCUGCGUGGGCUUUUGCAUUGAUUUGCGAUGAUUCGCGCGAAGGGCCUCAUGCCGUGCGGGCGUCCUCGCUUACAAAAGUCCUGGCGCAGGCCUUUGCAGCACAAAGCAGGCGCGAGCUGGCUGUGAUUUGCACCGUCUCCCCUUGUGCAUCGGACACGGAGCACACAGUGGAGACGCUUCGCCUGGGUGGAGCUCUUGCAGGACGUGGCGAGAAGGAGGAGAAGGCAGGGAAGUGCACCAGGUAUGCGAGCCCUCUCCGGAAUGCUCCCAAUGAUCCCCAAUGUUUCAGAAGAAGGAGCAGCUUGACCUCUUCUCCCCCGCGGACCGGCAACUCCGAUGUUCUUGGACGACGGCGCACCCGAAGCAGUGGACUCCGGAGAGAAGUCCCCGCCCGCAUCGCCCCCAUCUCCCCGUCUCUCUCCCUCUCUGCGUCACCCGGGGUCUCCCACGUCUCUCCCCAGCUCCCAAAGCCGCGAAAACCGGUUACACUGCCAACUAAACGUUGA